AUGUUGCUAACAAAUAAAUUAAUUUGCAUUUUUCUUUCAACAGUUGUAUACUGCAGCGCCUUUGAUUUGUUUGAAAGUGCACGUAAACAACUAAUAUUAUCUGCACUAACUAAUCUGAUGAGAUGUACCCUACACCAAUAUUGUGAAUGUGAACUACCCGAAGAAGAAAAAGAGUGUUUGGACCUCUUCAAUCCACAUGCAUGGGAAUUCUUUCGAAACAUGGUGAAUACUUCAUGUAAUGUGGACUUUCCUAAGUGUGAUCAUCCGGGAGAGAAGAGAUUGGAUUGCUUAAAGCCACUCCUAAGCACUGAUAUAGUCAAAGAGAGAUUAGUAAGGAAUUUUGAACUAUUAUUUUAAAGAAAUUUUGAAAGCAUUUUUGUGGAUGGAACUUGUUACAUUUUGUGACAAAUUCACGUCUUUACAGAUUCG